AUGAUUAAACAACAGCAACCACAACAACUUAAGGCGCAAAGCACCCAGGUCCUUCAGACCAUUACAUACGCCAUAUAUGCAUAUAAUUCAAAGACGGCAGAACAAACGCAAAGGUUGAAAUAUGGAGAUUUGGAGAUAGUAUUGAAAAAUGAACAUUUCGAAUUCGUUUGCAAAGGUGGUGCAGUGAUAUCAAAUAUAAAAGAAAUUUUAUUUAUGAAUUCUAAAAUUAAAGGUAUAACGGAUGAUAUAACAUCAAUUCCACCAGAAGAACAGAGAUAUUACGCAUUAAAUGCAUUUCCUAAAGUUUUGAAGAUUGGAAGAUUUAAUUUAAAUGAGGAAUUCAUAGAAGGUUUCCUAAAUGACAUAAUGAAGAAGGUGGAUAAGGAAUAUGUGGAUAGUGAGUUAGAGAAGAAGGCAAAUUUGGUUUAUGUUGAUGAAAAAGAUAAUGAAAUUAAAGAAAAGGUUGAAUGGUAUCAUGAAUGGACAUCGGAGACUUUUAAAGUUAAAGCUGAUACAGAAUGGGUUUCAGGAUGUUUAGACCUUAAGGCGGAUAAGAACCAUACACAUAACUCCUUCUCAACUGUUGCUAUAGAAAGUAUUGAAGGAACGGUUGGCGGAACUGAUGGGGAUGCAUUAUAUUAUAAUCCUCCUAACUUUCCACAAGGUUUAACAUCGAAUGAAAACAUAACAACGAAGAAAAAAAUUAGAUGUAAAAAUGUUUAUGUCAUGGAUGAUGAAAAUAAAGUUAAAUUCACUGCUCAAGAUUUAUAUGAUAAGAAAGCAGACAAAACAGAGCUUCAAACAUUAAAGACUGAAAUUCUUCAAACAUUAUAUCCUGUUGGUUCUAUUUAUACAUCAAUGAACUCAACAAAUCCAUCAACAGUUUUAGGUUUUGGUACGUGGAAGCAGAUUGUAGAUAAAUUCUUAUACUGUGCUAGAUAUUCAAAGCAAACAGGAGGUUCGAAGAAAAUUAAAGAAGCAAACCUUCCACCGCACACUCAUACAGGAACUACAAACACAACAGGUAAUCAUUCACAUUCAAUAACAAAAAGAGGUUAUACAAAUCUUGCAGCAGGUUCGGAUAGAUGGGGAAUGAAUAGAUAUGAUAUCACAACUGACCCAGUAGAUUCAAGCACAGGUAUUUUCUGUGGAACCGCAGGAAAUCAUUCACACACUUUCACAACAAAUCCAACAGGCUCGGGUAAAGAUUACAUGCCACCAUUUGUGACUGUAUUCGCAUGGUACCGCGUUCAAUAA